GGAAAUAGAAGAAUAAUUAACUGCAGCCAAUUGAAACGUUUGGAAGGUUUGUUUUGAAGAUCCCAUACAGGAAGUGGUUAGUUUUGACUCGGAGCAGCUUCUUUGCGUUGUCAGCCCGGAAGUCCACGUCAGUCCUGGGACCAGAACUGCAGACCAACUGAAUCCCGGACUGAAACCCGUUUUAAUUUAAACCCACGUUCAGCUAAAACUUUUAUUUUCUCUCUGGCACGAAAUGGCGGACGAGGCCACGCGCAAGGCCGUUUCGCAGAUCCCCCUGCUGAAGACACACGCGGGGCCGCGAGACCGGGCUCUGUGGCCGCAGCGGCUGAAGGAGGAGUACCAGGCGCUGAUCCAGUCCGUGGAGCAGAACAAGGUGGGCGACAAUGACUGGUUCCGUCUGGAGUCCAACGCGGACGGCACGCGGUGGACCGGCACGUGCUGGUUCAUCCACGAGCUGCUGCGCUACGAGUUCCGGCUGGAGUUCGACAUCCCAGUGACGUACCCCGACACCGCGCCCGAGGUGGCGGUCCCGGAGCUGGACGGCAAAACCGCCAAGAUGUACCGCGGCGGGAAGAUCUGCCUGACCGACCAUUUCGCACCGCUCUGGGCUCGGAACGCGCCGCGCUUCGGUCUGGCGCACCUCAUGGCGCUGGGUCUCGGACCCUGGCUCGCCGUGGAGAUCCCCGACCUGAUCAACAAGGGGCUCGUGGUCCACAAGGAGCUGCAGCGCGAGGCGGCGGAGUGACGUCACCGUACGAAGCGUUAAAGACCGAAAAACUCAAAAAAGAAAAAAAACCAAAAAAAAACCGACGGACAAACGCUUGUGUCUGGUUCAGAGUAAAAAUGAUGAGGCAGGUGAACAGAGUCUGGUCAGGAAGCUACAAUGAAAACCGAAGGCUAUUUUAUAUCAUAACACUGGAACACUCAGGAGGGUGUGGGACACAGGUCGGGGUAAUGAUGUAUAAUGGUAUGGAAUAAAAUAAUGAGGACUGGUGAAGAGCUGCAGGGUGAUGAUAAAUCUGGACUGAUGAAAUGAUCGGAUAAAGGUUUGUUUCAGAGUAUGGUGGAACAGGAAAACAAUAAAAAAAUGACCAGAGUAUGGUGAGGGCACUAACACUGCAAUCUGACUGUAAAUAUUUAGAGAAAUAUUUACACAACUUGUUUAAAUAAUGACCUGGCUGCAAACCUAUGGUGAGUUUAAAAAUGGUUAAAAAAUUUAAACCGACAUCUAAUUGUACAUAUUGUUAAAAGUGUUAGUUUGUAACAUAAACAGAUUGAAAACUA